AUAAAUAACCUGAAGUUGUAAGGAAUGUAUAUGGGAAAGUUGCUGAGAGCCGGUUACAGAGGAUCAGAGGGAAAGGCAGAGUGUGAGUCGGCAGCAGCAGUACAAUGGAGCGACAGUGAGUGGCAGCAGUGCAAGCGGAUUGGCUGGGAGGGAGCGGAAUAGGAAUGUGAGAGAGAGAAAAGAAAAAAAAAAAGUCUCUUUCUGAUGAAAAGGCUCCAACAGCAGCAGCAGCAACAACAACUCUAUGGAUUCCUCUCUGCAGUGAGUGUGAGACUGAGUGUGAGUGACAGAGAAUAACAGAGAGGCUACAAAUAAUCCCCAGACUGGAGAUAAGGGGGUCGGUCACCAUGACAACCCACCCUGGGCUCCCCAGCCCUUAGGAAGGACAGAGAGCGACUGGACGGGGCACAUGUUGGGCACUGGGAUCUUCAUGCCGAUUCUUUUCCUGGGAAUUUGCCCAUAGGACGUAGAUUUGUCUGCGAAAUACAAACUUCAGGAUGGAGAACCGGGGGUGCAGCUGCCCUGGAGAGGUUCUUCAGUUCAUCAAGGGCAGAAAUGACCAUGACUUGCAACCAAAAUGCCACCAUCACUCAAAGGACAGGCUGGUGUAAAUUACCCCGGGACACUCUGGAACGGUCUCAGUCCGUGUCCCCCCCACCUGUGCUGUCUCCAAUCAAAAUCACUUCCUACCCCUUGAGUGACAGUGAAGAAUUCUGCAGAUCCACCCACUUUCCCAGCAUCCCCAGUAAUAAGCUGGUCAUCAAGGACUGGACCCUGCGAGGAUCAAACGCCCGUGACGGCCACCUAAGGGCUUCGGGGGCUGAUUCUUCGAGCCCUCUCCUAAAGUCGGUGAGCGUUGCUUGCCUGGAUAAUAGACUCUCUGUCUUUAAAGGGCCCAGCCAAAAGGAAAAUGUUGAAGAGCCCAAGGAUGGGAUUGGGGGACUUCAUCUGAAUCGGAGCACACUUUCCUUGGGAUUUGCUGCCAACCAGCGCAAUCGCUCUCUCAACAGGGCCCCAGUGCGCAGCCAAGCGCUCGAUAUUCGCCGGAAAAUUUCACAAUGGGAGUGCCGCAAGGAUUGCACCCCCAAACUGAGCUUGUUCAUGGACAGAGGAGAUCAGGACGACCUCUCCGCCAGUGAAGGAUGUUCCAGCAUUUUGACUUCACCAUGCAGCGAAAAGACCUUUGACUUUAAAGGGUAUCGGAGAAUGAGCAAGACGUUUUCCGAGUGUUCCUAUCCAGAAACCGAAGAGGAGGAGGCGUCUUUGGAACGGGAUUCUCAUCACAGGUUCGAAAGGAGGUCAAGUCGGACUGAGCCGGCCAAUGCUUUCAUCAGGGGCUACUCGAGGAAGGACUCUUCUGCCGUGCUCAACAGAAUCCAGAAGAUUGAGAAGGCCCUCAAGGACAACCCUGGCAUGGGCCUCCCGCAGUUGCCCAGCAGUUGUUACAAUGUGGAAUCAGGCAGGAAAAAGUCCAUUACGUCCGGUACUUUAGACAGUCCCAUUGACACCGGGGGAAUCGGCAAAGUUGGACCUGUACAUAAUGUAAAUGAUAAGGAACAAACACUUGAUAAAAACUCCAAAACUGUGCUGAACAAUUGCCAAACACCCAGCCCCGAGGUCAACCCUGUCCCCAAGCCCAAACGGACCUUUGAGUAUGAAGCCGACAGAAACCACAGGGGCAAACCCAGCAAUGGCCUGACUUGUUCCCCCACGGCUGUUUCGCCUCCCCCUCUCCCCUCUACCCCAGCGCCCCCGGCCACAAGGAGGUCCAAGAAAGACUCUCACCGGAAAAGCCAAAGCAGAAAAUCUCUAGAGUUCGAGGACGAAUCGAGCGUCCAGUCUGUGAGUCCGUCUUCCCCUGUAGAAAACGGUACGGAAAAGCAGCCCCGCUCGGGGCCCAAAAGCACUUUAGAAGAGAACGCCUAUGAAGAUAUCGUUGGCGAAUCCCACAAGGAGAAUCCUUACGAAGAUGUGGAUCUGAAAGGGAGGCACUUGAGUCGGAAGUCUCAGCCGUCCCCUGACAGUUGCAGGGAGACCCCCAGCAGGAUGUGGCGGUUGCAGGAGCGGAUGUACACCUCCCCCACCCAGCUCCCCACAAAGGGCAGUAGCCAGUCCUUACGGAUUGGAAGCCAGGCGGAGCGAAAAAGUCGCCAUGUGCCGCGAUUGCCCAAGCGCCACAGUCAUGAUGACAUGUUGUUACUGGCCCAGCUAGCCAUCCCGCCAUCUCCAUCCAGCCUGAAUGACGACAGUCUGAGUACAACUAGCGGGAUGCUGUCCACACGCAGGUCAAGGAGGAUCCCCAAGCUGGUGCAGAGGAUCAACUCCAUCUACAGCGCAAAGCGGGGCAAGAAGCGCCUCAAGAAACUGUCCAUGUCCAACCUGGAGACUGCGUCAUUGCGAGAUGAAAACAGCGAGAGCGAAAGCGACUCGGACGACAGGUUCAAAGCCCACACACAGCGCCUGGUUCAUAUCCAGUCCAUGCUGAAGCGGGCGCCCAGUUACCGGACCCUGGAGCUGGAACUCAUUGAGUGGCAGGAGAGGGAGCUGUUCGAGUAUUUCGUGGUCGUGUCGAUGAAGAAGAAACCCAUGAAAAACACGUAUAUCCCAGAAGUGACGUAUCAGUUCCCCAAGUUAGAGAGGCAGACGAAGCAGGUGCGAGAGGCGGAGGAACGCCUUAAAGCCAUCCCCCAGUUCUGCUUCCCCGACGCACGUGAUUGGACGCCGGUGUCGGAAUAUAGCAGCGAGACCUUUUCCUUCAUGCUCACUGGAGAAGACGGAAGCCGGAGGUUCGGAUACUGCCGACGAUUGUUGCCAAGCGGGAAAGGACCGCGGCUACCGGAAGUUUACUGUGUCAUUAGCCGCCUCGGCUGCUUCGACCUCUUUUCCAAGAUCCUGGAUGAGGUGGAGAGACGGCGCGGGAUUUCGGCGGCGCUCGUGUACCCCUUCAUGCGGAGUUUAAUGGAGUCUCCAUUCCCUGCGCCCGGAAAGACCAUCCGCGUGAAAACCUUCCUGCCUGGCGCUGGAAAUGAGGUGAUUGAGCUGCGCCGACCGAUGGACUCGCGCCUGGAACACGUGGACUUCGAGUGCCUUUUCAGGUGCCUGAGCGUCCGACAAAUCAUCCGCAUCUUCGCUUCGCUGCUCCUGGAGCGCAGAGUCAUCUUCGUGGCAGAAAAGCUAAGUACCCUGUCCAGCUGUUCACACGCCAUUGUGGCCCUACUGUACCCCUUUUCCUGGCAACAUACAUUCAUUCCUGUCCUGCCCUCCUCUAUGAUUGACAUCGUCUGCUGCCCAACCCCUUUCCUGGUCGGCCUGCUGUCCAGCUCGCUGCCUAAACUGAAGGAACUGCCUGUGGAAGAGGCCUUGAUGGUGGAUUUGGGCUCAGACCGUUUUCUACGGCAGAUGGACGAUGAAGACUCCCUGUUACCUCGGAAGCUACAAGCGGCCCUGGAACAAGCGCUAGAGCGGAAAAACGAUCUGAUCAAUCAAGACUCGGACAGCGACUCUGAUGAAGAAUACAACUCCCUCAAUGCUCUCGUCUCGGAGGUCUUUAUCCGCUUCUUCGUGGAGACCAUCGGCCACUACUCCCUGUUCCUUGUGCAGAACGAGAGGGGGGAGCGAGUGUUUCAGAGAGAAACUUUCCGCAAGUCUGUGGCCUCCAAGAGCAUCCGACGCUUCCUAGAGGUCUUUAUGGAGUCUCAGAUGUUCACCGGCUUCAUCCAGGAUAGAGAACUGCGAAAGUGCCGGGCAAAAGGUCUCUUUGAGCGGAGGGUGGAGCAGUACUUGGAGGAGCUGCCGGACACAGAACAGAGUGGAGUCAAUAAGUUUUGGAGAGGACUUGGCAACAAAAUGAAGUUUCUUCAUAAGAAAAACUGAGCAUUGCGCCCCCUCCUGGUAGUUCAUAUUAAUGACUUUAUAGCACUAUACCCGGAGCUGGGGGUCCCCCUCUAAACCAGGGAGGAAAUGUGGCGCCCCAAAUUAAAACCACUGUAAAAGCCCCGCCGGUUCCGCCGGAUUCUUAUAUAUAUAUUGUAAAUAAUGCGCCGUAGGCUUUUUCUAUGGAAUCUGUGGUAAACGUGUUGCUGAGAGCAGGAGUCACGUCUCUGCCUGGGGAUCGACUCGGCAGUGUGGCAGCUCCUACAGAACCACUGCGUUGGGAUGAGACAAUGUGUAUGAGACUGAGGAUGAGGAGGAAUCAGUGGAAGGGAGACGUCCUAUUGGCUCCGCCUCUAAUUACACUUGUUAAUGAGGAACGUUGUUAAUUUGUGUUUUAUGGUCAGUAAACUGUAUUCUGCCCCUUCUGCACUAUGACUGCGCCUAAUGCCCCAGAGACGAAGAUUGUGCCCCCCCUGCUGCCAAGAAUAGGUACAACCCUUUAUAGUAUGAGUGUGUCCAAUAAACCGUGUACAGAAA